UUCCAGUACAAUCUGUUGCAGGCUUUCCAAAAGUGCAAUAAUGGAGGACAGGACAGACAGAUGUAAGCUUCAGCAUUUUCCCUCACCAAUCAUAAAACCCAAGGUAAGCUGGGACGAAGACUUGAUACAGUUCACAUCCCCAGCCUCAACUAAGGAUGACCAGAGUAGGAGACUUAGUAUUGGGGGAAUGGUGAUGUCUGCUGAACCCAAACACAGCUCCACACCAUUCAGGCCUAAGGAGUCAUGCUGUCCAAUGACUCCUAUCCAAUUGCAAGGAUCUGGAGAUGACACCAUAGAGAACAUCUUCUACACUCCAAUGUGUCCACAAACAUACAGCAUCAGAAGGACAACAGAUGGAACCAACAUCACAGAUAGUAAGAACAACCGAGAGCCACAUCAGGAGCAAGAUGGAAACCUGGAGCAGUCUGAGAUUUCAGAGACUUUUGACAUAGGUUUAACAUCAAGAAAUCUUAAAAAGAAUAACUGCCUUAUCCAAGACCAGAAUAGAGAAGACAGUGUGGGCAAAUUCAUUGGAGAGGAGGACCUGGUAGAUUGUGUUUUCCAUAUCUGUGACAUUGAAAGAGCUGGAAGAGUUCCUGUGUCCAGGAUCAUUGAUUACCUCCGCCACACAACAACAAAUCCUGUUGCUCCCAAUGAGUCUAUGGAGAAGUUGGAUGGUCUGUCGUCACUCUUAGACCCAAAAGGUGAAGAUGCCCUGAUAGACCUGGGAACCUACCAGACACACAUGAGAAACUGGAUCGAAGAAAUCAGGAAAUAUGACGUCAUGCAUAGGAGAACAAGAGGCAACAGACUAAGCAGUGCAGACCAGAGUGACUAUGACCUGCUAAAUGCAUCUUAUACAACAAUCAGCAGCCUUGAGGGAUGUGGUGGGGAGGCAUCCUUCAACCUGGAUGCAGCAGAGUUGAUGACCAGUGUAGUUGAGCUGCAGAAGAGCAGUAAGAAGCUUGGCGAGCAGAACCAGAAGCUGAGACAGCAGGUGGACUCUGCAGACGAGACCAACACUCUGCUCUCCCUCGAGAACGACAACCUGAAGAAACAGCUGAAGUCUGUGCAGCAGCAGAUGACAUCGCGGCACAACCAGCUGGUGGACGAGAUCGAGGAGCUGAAAUGUGCGCUGGCUGGGGUGGAGAAGGAGAACCGGAGGGGGGAACACAGACGAGGCCAGCUGGAGAGGGAGGGACAGAACCUGCAGGGUCAUUUGGAGGGUUUGCAGGAGCAGCUCAACAAGGCUGCACAGGAGGUGGAGACACUGCAGCAGGAGAACAAGGAUGUGGCCAUGAGCCUGAGGCUGCAGAAGGAAUGCUGUGGUGAGCUGGAAGCCACCACCCUGUCCCAGCAGGCCCAGCUGGAGGAGCACCAGGAGAAGCAGAGGGAGAUGGAGGCUCUGGUACAGGAGUACAGCUGCACCAUCCAGGCACUCAGGGCAGAGAAACACCAGCUGGAGGAACAGCUGCUGCAGGUGCAGCAGGAUCUCGCAAGGUACAGAGUUGAGAGACGUAUGCAGCUGGAGACAGACGACCUGGACCCAACAGGAGUGGCAGUCAGCCCUCUGUCAGCUCUACACCACUCCCUACAUGCAGAACUGCUGGACGCCUCAGGAAUCCUCCCCUCCCCACUAUGUGGCAACAACAGCUAUAAAGUACAGGAGGAAGAGGAGGAAGACACUACUUGUGAAGAAGAUGAGACUCCACAGGGUUCGUCAACUGGUGGGAGCAUGUCUACAUUCUCACUUGAGCAUUUCAAGCUGAUUGCAGCACAGUUGGUUAGCCAGUUCACAAAUCACAUACAAAGGAAUAAUAACAAGGAAGGAGCAUCAUUGCAGCAGAAGACAAGGCAUCCUUCAGAAUUAUGUGAUGAGAUGCACUCAUUCCAGGACAAGCUAGAAUGGUUGACCCAGGCCAAACGUGCAGCUGACAGGAGGGUUGGACAGCUGACAGGUGCAGUCAGCCGGCUGCGGACAGAGAGGGAGGACCUGGACAGGGAACACCAGCAGCAGCUGCAGCAGGUGUUGGACCAGGUUGUUGGCCAGAAGAAGGACCACCAGAUGCUGGAGCUGGUUGCUGCGAUACAGGGUAGAACAGCACAGGUGUAUGAUCUGCAGAAGCAGGUGUCUUCCCUAGAAGAUCAGCUGACAGAGUCCAACAAUGAAGUGCACACUUUGGCAGCAGCCUUAAGGCUAGAGAUGGAUGCCAGGUCCCGUGUAGCAGCAUCACUAGAGGACGUGGAGAGGAAGGCACAGGAGGCAGAGGACUGUCUACGGACGCUGCAGAUGCAGCUGGAGGAUAAGAAGCAGCCAGGUGACGGAGAAGGAACAAACAACACUUUGGAGAUGACGACUCCAGAAGGGUCAACAAGAAAGACCACUCCAGUGAGGGAACCUGAAAGCCUCCUGAAGCUGAGACCAUGUAAGCUGUUCUCAGAGUGGCCUCCUGUAUCCCCUGCCCUUCGCAGCAGGCAUCUCAGCACCUCAUGUCUGGACCUGGCCGUUACCUCAUCUCUGUUUGACAAGAUGGCUUCCACAGUUGGCACCCAGACAGACUUACCUCGAUCUCCAAACUCUCAUCUCCAGGCUGAUGUACCUACCAAGAGUACCACAUCAGGGAAGGAACUUGUACAAAAUGAAGCCCAAACUUUGCCAUCAUUGAUAAUCACAUUGGACAGCCAGACACAGACAGAACAACCAACCAGAAAGUAUGCGGAGGCUCAAACUGACUCCAUGACACUUGUGGCUGAAACAACUCAAACGGAAGACGUGGAGGAAGUAGAGGUAGCAAUGCAGACUGAUGAAGUCAACACACGUGACACCUGUGUCAGCACCAUUGAAAGUACCGAAGACCAGACAUCACAAACUGACUGUUAUCUUGCAUCCUUCCAGGCAGAUGAGUUUGCAGUUAUUUCUUCCAGACAGAAGCAGCUGCCCAUGUUGGCUGUACUGAGGGUAGUUGUGUGCAUCCUGGCUGUUGUUGGCUUUGUCUUCAUCAUCACAUCAUACAGACAGCCCAGAAAUCAAGUGGAGGCCUGGACCUUUCUGGAGGAUGUCUUGGCACCAUACAUAACCCUGCGGCAUGUGUCUCGCCCACCAUUCUGAACACUGGUGGCUCCAUGACCUGAACUACAUGUUCUUCAUCAAUGACAUUAAUUCACCAUGAAAUUCUUAUGGAAAAUGGGACUCAAAUGAUGCGUAGUUAGCCAGUACCUUCUGCAAACUAGGUUAGCAAAUGAUUUAGAUUAGUAUAUAUACAUAGUUAAAAUUUAUUUUUAUUA